ACUUCCGGUUAUGUCGCCUUUGGUAUAGACGUGAGUGCGAUCAGCUCCCUUUAACUUUUUAUUUCUUCUUUACAAACCUCGUUGGUUUAGAACUUUUUGGCAACCUACAUUUAUUUACUUUUCUCUCUUAGAGUACGUAGUAUUAAAUUUUCACUUAACAUGUCGAAAGGAAAGGGCAAACAGGUGGAAAAAGAUCGUGAAGCGCCGUCCUCGCCUAGCUCUGGUGUCACGCUAGCCGAAAUUAGCGCCCUGCACGAGGAGCUCAGAGCCUCUCUGGCCGCGGAUUUUAAAGCCUCUUUUGAAAGCUUGGACAGUAAGUUGGAGAAUAUUAACUCCACAGUCGCGGCUCACGACCAGCGCAUCAGUUGCCUUGAAUCGGGACUCGCGGAGGUGACCCAGCACCUUGAACACCUGGAGACCGCGUGCGCCGGCCUCACUAAAGAAAAUGAGUGGCUGCGGUCUAAAAUGUCAGACCUAGAGGGGCGCAGCCGGCGGCAGAAUAUUCGCAUCGUGGGGCUCCCCGAGUCAAUCGAGGGACCGCGACCAACUAACUUUUUCUCCGAAAUGCUUGCUGAGGUAUUUGGCGAUCAGAUUUUGGCGUCACCGCCUGAACUGGACAGAGCGCACCGAAUUCCCGCUCCCAAACCUGCCCCAGGUCAGAGACCGCGCCCUGUGGUUUUGCGGUUUCACCGUUACCAGGUGAAGGAUUUGGUGGUUCGUGAGUCCCGUAAAAAAGGAAUUUUGACCUUUCGUAAUCACAAGAUUCGGAUAUUUGAAGAUUACAGCCCAGAUGUCCUAAAGCUGCGCAGUGAAUUCAAAGAUGCCAUGGCGGAGCUAUACAAGCGCGGACUCAGACCUGCUCUUCUCUUUCCAGCUAAACUACGCAUCACUCUACCGAACGUCUCCAUGAGCCCGAACGGUAGUGUCCACUUCAUCCCCUGCCAGCAGAGAUAUGAAAACUUCUCUUCCUGGCCUAGGUCUCCCGUGACGCAGUUUGCUGUUCACUCCAGGAAUGGCACUUACAUCGUCUCUAACAAUCAGGGCCAAGCCACCACUGGAGGUAUGUCAGGAUAUCAGAUGUCCUCUCCUGCAUCUGGUCUUUCCCAGGUCAUGGACAGCUCACCCGACUCUCUGCCCAGCCCUCAGCUUCUGGCAGAGGAGGCAUCACGCAAAAGGGAACUCCGACUGAUGAAGAACAGGGAAGCUGCCCGAGAAUGCCGGCGAAAGAAGAAAGAAUAUGUCAAAUGUCUCGAAAACCGAGUUGCUGUGCUUGAAAAACAAAACAAGACGCUCAUCGAAGAACUCAAGGCUCUUAAAGACAUAUACUGUUGCAAAAAUGAGUAACACUAAACUAAAGACUGGUCCGACCUUUACAAAGCAAACAUGCUUUUCACCCACCCAAUGUCCAGCCUAAUUGCGUUACAAUCGGAUAAGCUGACAUCUGCUUGGUUAUGUCGUCCCGUGUGCGAAAGAUGGUGACGUGUGAUUGUGUGUGCGCUGGAGGCCUAAGUCAGUGUGAUGUGUUGCCCCUGUUGCUUGUGCUCUUUGCAGGACGGCAGCCAAACUGUAUAGACGCAGGAAGAGAGACUAUGUGCUGGGUUUAGAGACGCGCAUCACCUCGAUCGAGGACCAGAACCAGAAACUUAAAGAGGAGCUGGACAAUCUAAAGAAGUUGUGCUCUCUGGGAUGUUCAAAUCAUAGUAGCACACUGGAUGCUGCUAUUUGAUUUCUAUUUAACAGUGGAAUAUUUUAGUCGUGUUUUGUUCAAAUCUUUUGGGAAAACUGAACCAGAUACCAGCACUGCCUAUGCGUAUACAGUUAAAAACAAAAAGAUUUCAUAAUGACAAUUGGAUGAUAUAUUCAAAAUAAUUACUUAGUUGACAGAUCUAUUUUAAGUAAGUGUAAUUGAAUAUUUAAGUACACAAAUACACCAGCUCCGAAACUAAUAUGAGUAUAGUUACUGCAUAUAUUUCUUGAAUUAAAUGUAGGCUGCAGAGAUAGGUUGUAUAUAUUAACAAAUAACAGUAUUUUGUGUUCUUUUGGUUGUGUUUAUGGCAUAUUAAUCAAAUAAAUGUGCCAAAUUCUCUUAAA